AUGGUAUUGAAUAUACGAGCGAAAUAUGGUAUUCAGGAUUGCAAUUUCUACAAUUUCGACGAAACAGGCUUCAUGAUAGGGAUUAUAGUUGCCUGUAUAGUUGUAAUUAGUUCUGAAAGAAAUGGCAGAAACAAGACAAUACAAUCAGGUAAUCGAGAAUGGGCUACGGCAAUUAUAUGUGGUAAUAGAGAGGGUGAAAUUAUACCUCCAUUUCUGAUAGUUCAAGGACAAGUUCAUCUUUCCAAUUGGUAUACCGAAACCGAUUUUCCUGUGGAUUGGGCUAUUAAACCUACUUCUAAUGGAUAG